AUGGGUUUUAAUCCCUUUUCGGUUGCGCCGAGAAUAUUAAAGCACCCAUUCCUACAUUUUGUUGAGGAUCUUUCUUCUGUGCGUUCCCUCUCGCUCUCUUUCUUUACAGACUCUCUCUCUCUCUCUCUCUCUCUCUCUCUCUCUCUCUCUCUCUCUCUCUCUCUCUCUACGCAUUCUCUCACUUUACGCAUGCACUCUCUUUCUUUAAUCGCUCACUCUCUAUCUGUCCUUUUCCUUCCCACUCACAUACACAUAUCCUGGGACAAUGAGCAAUGCUCAAAUCGUCGAUGUACUUACAGACCUCAUUUAAACCAGACAAUGGCAGCGAUGACUGAUGGCAUUGAAUUAUCUGCCAUUAACGUGUUAAAGCGAGCGAUUUCACACGAAGAAGCAAAACAGUAUAACGACGCUUUAGUUUGUUAUCAAGAAGGGAUUGAUUUACUUCUCCAAGUUCUGAAAGCAACCCAUUCAGAGGUUAAAAAACAUCAUUUUCGUAAAAAAGCUGAGGAAUACAUGAAAAGAGCCGAAGAAUUGAAAAAAGUUAUCAAAACAGAAAAAGAAAUAAAUGAAGAAAUCAAAAUACAUGAAGUUAUCCAAAUUGAAGAAGAUUCAACUGGAAACAGUUAUCGUCACAUCUUUAAUCGCUUAUUGGAUCCCACCUUGACCGAAGUGGAAAUUGAUGACCCUUACAUCCGAAGUAUACACCAAAUUUACAAUUUCCUUAGAUUCUGCGAGCUUUUGUGCAACUCCAAAGCCAAAGUGAAAACCAUCCUCUUAAAUACCGGACAAGAUGACUUGGAAAGUGAAAGAACUCGACAAAUUCAAGCUUUGACCCAAAUCCAGUCCAGCCUUGAACAAUACAACAUUAAUCUUGUGGUGAAUUUUAAUAAAGCACAUGAUAGAGAAAUCCGGUUUAAUAAUGGUUGGAUCAUCAAAAUUGGCAGGGGUCUUGAUUAUUUCAAAGCAACUCCUUCAAAAUAUUCAGUCGGUUUCUGUGAUCAUGAUCUGCGAAAAUGUUAUCAAACAACUGUUAAUAUUUUUAACACUAAAUACACAAGUCAAAAAAAAAUGGCAACAUAA